AAUACAUUGAGUAAGAAAAAAGAGAAAUGGAAGAAAGGGGGAAGGAAGGAAUGAAAGGCAGGCAGAAGGUAAUGUCAGCUGAGAUCAGAACGUAAACAGAGGUCCAGACUGCAGCAUGCUGUCUGUGGGACGGGGACCACAGCUGGGGCAAACCCAUGGGGGCACCAGCACCUUUAUCUCUAGAGAAAGGAGCUGGCUCCUCUCAGUCCUCCCUUUUUAUUUCAUCUCCCUGCCCUUGGGAACAGCCUGGCCCUACGAUUACAGGUACUUGUCCAGCCAUUGUCCGGGCCCCGAGUGGAACGUUAUGUGCAGGGGCUGCUGUGAGUAUGACGUGAUCCGCUGUAAAUGUCCUCUCCAGGGGACUCAGGUGGGCUAUGCUGUACCCUGCUGCCGCAACGCCAUCAAUGAGUGUGACCCCUGCAUCAUCCACCCAGGUUGCAGCAUUUUUGAGAACUGUAAGCGUUGCAACAAUGGGACGUGGGGGCCUCAAGAUAAUUUCUUUAAUAGUGGCAAAUACUGCUCUGAGUGUCGUCCCGGCUGGUCUGGUGGAGAUUGCAUGAAGUGUGGCGGAGUAAUCCGCAAACAGCAGGGCCAUUUGAUUCUUGAAAGCUACCCCAACAAUGCACGGUGUGAGUGGACCAUUCAGGUGGACAGGCCGUUUAAUAUCAAACUCAGGUUUAUGAUGCUAAGCUUGGAAUCCCAUCAUGCUUGCCGCUACGACUACGUGGAGGUCCGAGACGGAGACAGCAUUAACUCUCGUGUUAUUGGUCGAUUCUGUGGAAACAACCGACCAGCUCCACUUCAGAGCUCCGGCAACAGUUUGCACAUUCUGUUUGUGUCUGACGGUUACAAAAAUUUUGACGGGUUCUUUGCUACUUUCCAGGAAAGCUCAGCCUGCAGUUCCUCCCCGUGCCUGCAUGAUGGGACUUGCGUCCUGGACACUUCAUACACUUACCACUGCGCCUGUCUAGCUGGCUACACAGGCAAGAGGUGUGAAAACGUGGUGGGAUGCCGCAGGCCUCUGGUACCCACACAUGGCUCCACGGAGGCCCUGUUUCUCCAUUCUGGAGCUCGCAUCGCUUACCGUUGUGACCCCGGCUUUGAGCUGCGGGGACAUCGUUCUGCCAUUUGCUUGAGUGACGGCACCUGGAGUGCACCUCCCCCAGAGUGUGUGCCAGUGGAAAGAGUUUGCACUCUACCACCUAAACCUUCCAACGGAGACCACUUUUUAGUUUACGGGCCCAACGAUGUCCUCAUCGCUCUUCAGUAUUUGUGUCACCAGCCCUAUGAGCUCGUUGGGAGCUCCCAAAGAACCUGCCUUAACAACACUUGGAGUGGGACACCUCCUGUUUGCACUAAAGUUAAUAACACACUUACUGAAGCUGAGAAGGAGAUAAACAAAGCCAAAGACGCAGAAAAGGGGGAACACAAAGAUGUGUAUGAUGACAAAGAUGUCACUACACCUGAAGAGAAACAUCAGCAAAACAAAACAGAAACUGUUGGUGAGAGAGACAUAAAGAACACAACAGCAGUGGACGUGGAGGACACAUUUACUGGGACCACUCCAGAAAACACGGUGGAAGAAGGUGGGAAAGAAAGAGAAUUAGAGGAAAACAAAACACCACCAGAGAAGUCCGGGGAAGAUGAGAAAAACGAGGUGGAUAGCGAAGAUGCCGAUAACAGUCUGGACACCUUUGAAGAUGAACAAACAGAAGCACCAAAGCAACUAGAAAAAGAAGCAGAAGGCUUAGACACGGAAAAAGGCAAUACGAACAUCACCAACAUGGUGGUGAAGAAAGACAAAGGUCAAGAAGAAAAGGAAAGAAAAGAUGAACAGGUGAACGGAAAAAGAGAUCCGGACAAAUUUGGGCCGAAUGAAACCAAGCAGAGAACGGUCAUAUCUGAGGGCAACAACACCGUGGAGACACUGGAACAGGAAAUGACAAAGAACGUCACGGUUACGCGAGGCUCAAAGGACACCAAGAAAGAAAAUAACACUGUUGGGUCAACGGGCAGGAAAAUCUUUCCCACUCGAGUUAAUGUGACACAGUACACCCUGUACAGAGCAGAAGGGGAGAAUGGGAAAUCAAAGGAAACAUUUAACAGUAAAAAAGACGAGACUGGGGUGGAGAUGGGGAAAAACAGGGAAGAGGAGGAAAAGGAGAAAGAAAUCAACCAGAGUUUCACUGAAAAGAAGUGCCCAGCUCUGCCCCGCCUUCUUAAUGGCUACCACCAGGUGGUGUCGGGGCUGGAGCCAGAAACAGUGGAGUUCAUGUGCAACCACUCCUACGCCCUCAGUGGCGACAAGAGACGUAGCUGUCAGCCUGGCGGGACCUGGAGUGGCAAACAGCCCGUGUGUGUCAGAGCGUGCCGUGCACCUAAAGUGUCAGAACUGGUGAAACAAAAAGUUCUUCCACCUCUGGCUCCAUCCAGAAAGACGCCGGUGCACAAGCUCUUCCACUCUGCAGCAGGUCAGAAGGUUCUGUCUGGUGGUGCCACUAUAUCCCCUCCAGUGCUUCCCCAGUUGCCCCAGGGCUUCCACCACCUUUACACUCAUAUAGAGUAUGAGUGUGCGUCUCAGUUCUACCAUCACUUUGGGAGUCCUAGGCGUACUUGCUUGAAGACUGGGAAAUGGAGCGGGCGUCAUGUGUCAUGUUCACCAGUGUGUGGAAAGCAUCUGACCUUUGACCCAGAGAGGCCAGAAGAGGCUCACUGGCCCUGGCUGGCAGCCAUCUACCGCCGCACCAGUAAGGGUACAGAGGCUAAGAUGACAAAGGGAAACAGCCAGGCAGAGUCUGUGAAGAAGGACGAUGGAACGUGGAGUGGCAUCCUAAACCUGGGAUCUGGCUGGCAGCUGGUCUGCAGCGGGGCUCUGGUUAACCAGAGGAGUUUGGUGGUAGCCGCUCACUGUGUGACAGAGCUGGGAAAAGUGUAUCCUGCGGAUGCAGCUACAAUCAGAGUGGUUGUGGGGAAGCACUAUCGCGAUGAUCGCAGAGAAAAUAAAGGUCUUCAACACCUGAGGGUGACCUCCAUUGCUGUGCAUCCCAACUAUGAUCCUAACAUUCUUGAUUCCGACAUUGCUGUGAUGAAGUUAAUGGACAAAGCAAGAAUUGGAGAAAAAAUCCUGCCGCUCUGCUUGCCAGAGAUCCAGGAAGAAGAGGUGGUGUUUGGUCAGGGGCUUGUGACGGGCUGGUCUCUACGUCCUGAUCCAGGUUUAGGGCCUGAUGAGAAGGCAAGGGUUGGGCUGGUUCACCUUGCUGACAUAGUCCCAUGUGAGCAGCAGUAUGCUCGUAACGGUGUGCGGGUCAGUGUUACAGACAAUAUGCUGUGUGCUAGCCAAAAACCAGACUACAGACCAUCCAACAUAUGUCCCUCUGAUACAGGGGGGAUCCUGGUCCUCCCUGCCCUCUCUGAGAACCAGGACAAUUAUGGUUCAAAGCUUUCUCAAGGGCAGGAGGACCAAGGUUUGUGGAGACUCCUGGGACUCGUGAGCUUUGGCUAUGACCAAGGGGAGUGCGAUCCCGACCUCUACACAGUUUACACACGUGUCUCCAACUUCAAAGACUGGAUUCAGAGCAACAUGAAAUAAAAAAAAAAACAGGAACACAACAGUGAUUUCUUUGUGUUUUUUAAAAAGAUUUAUUCUGUCCAAUGUCUCUCACACAAGGGCAUUUUCCAACCAAAUGCAAAAGCAACACUGGACAACGUUACACAACAACUGAAGGGGGCGCCAGCACAUUGGAUGUGCUAGUCUGAAGAAUUUUGUGUUUAGGGUCCGUCAGGCUGAGGUGAAAGACUUGAAAUCGACCAUGAAACCCUUCAGCUGAGGAUUCUUGCUGACAAUGGUUUCAGUUGUAAUCAGUAUUAUGCUGUUUGGAUUUUUUUUCAGUGUUCUGAUUUAUAUCAUUUCUUAUUGUGCAAAAGGUGUAUAUAGUGUAAUAAAAGACGUGGGAAAUGACGUUUUAUUAAAGACAACUUUGGUGUUUUAAAGUUUAUCUGUGUGCCACCCCUCAUCCCAAUAAAACAGAACCUUGUACUUGUUUUGUAAAUGUUUCUGAAAAAAGAAUAAUAAUUGCUGUAAAGUGGAUCAGAGGCAGAGUGUGCUGGUCACAUAUCAAACCCCUCUGAUGUGCUCCAAUUAAAACAUUUGCUUUCAUUCUCA